GUUAGCAUUUGCAGCUGAAUCAUCACCUUGAAGUAAGAUGAAUCUUGAAAAGAUAGCUUGUAUGACAAUGAAGAAGCACGACUUUAGAAGGAGAGCGCCCAGAAUUCCCAGAUGCUGAAGCCCAUGUUCUUUGUCCUCACAAGAACUUAACUAAAAGAUAAUGAUGAUGAUGAUGAUGCUCAGUCCUUGAAUUGUUCCACCAAGGCCCAGGACCCAGUCCCUUGCCGGCAUUUCAUGUGUCGAGUUAACUGGCUGCAGCGAGAUGCUGCCGCGUACGAGAGGACCUCUCUGACGACAAGGAAGCCUUUUAUACUCCACUGCUCCGCACAGAAGUAAAUGCAGCAUAAUGCCUUCAAAGGUCUCGUGCUUAUAUGUUUUGACAGUUGUUUGCUGGGCCAGCGCUCUCUGGUACCUGAGUAUCAGCCGGCCAUCCUCUUCAUAUGUCAGCCAGGGCCCCAGCAGUCGGAGCAAAGUCACCAAGAAAAACGUCACUUACAGCAACAUCCGCACUCGACCGUUGAAUCCACAUUCCUUUGAAUUUCUCAUCAACGAGCCUAAAAAAUGCGAAACCAAUCCACCAUUCCUGGUGAUCCUGAUCAGCACCACUCACAAGGAGUUUGAUGCGCGGCAAUCCAUCCGCGAAACUUGGGGGGACGAGAACAACUUUAAUGGAAUUAAGAUUGUCACUUUGUUUCUCCUGGGAAAAAACGUUGAUGCCGUCUUAAAUCAAAUGGUGGAACAAGAGAGCCAGAUCUUCCACGACAUCGUGGUGGAAGAUUUCAUUGACUCCUACCAUAACCUCACCCUCAAAACACUUAUGGGCAUGAGAUGGGUGGCCACUUUCUGCUCGAGGGCUAAAUACGUCAUGAAGACAGACAGUGACGUUUUUGUAAAUAUGGACAAUCUCAUCUACAAACUUCUAAAGCCAACAACCAAGCCAAGGAGACGGUACUUCACUGGCUAUGUCAUCAAUGGCGGACCUAUUAGAGAUGUACGUAGCAAAUGGUACAUGCCCAGAGAUUUGUACCCUGACAGUAAGUACCCGCCUUUCUGUUCAGGUACUGGAUACGUGUUUUCAGCGGACGUCGCUGAGCUCAUUUACAAAACUUCGCUUCACACGAGGCUUCUACACCUCGAGGAUGUCUACGUCGGCUUAUGCCUGCGAAAGCUGGGCAUCCACCCAUUCCAAAACAGUGGCUUUAACCACUGGAAAAUGGCUUACAGUCUCUGCAGAUAUCGAAGGGUGAUUACAGUGCAUCAGAUAUCGCCGGAGGAAAUGCACAGGAUCUGGAAUGACAUGUCAAGCAAGAAGCAUCUGCGAUGUUAGGGCUCCGUCCCAGAGUGUGCCUAAAGCGGGAUUACCGAUUGCGCUUAUCAGCAACGACCAGUUCCAGAAAUCUGGAUGUCUGUACUGUUGUACAUCUGAAGCUUUCUGCACAUUGUUAAGUUGUAUUUUUGUUAAUAUUGUUAUUAUU